AUGAUAAAAAUGAUUGAAGAACAUCAACAGGAGACAAAUAAUCAAAUAUUUCGAAAAGAACAUCGGCAGCAAGAAUUGAUAGGAAAAAUUCUUCGUUUAGAAAAUCGAACUAAAUUUAUUAAUAUCAGUAAAGAAGGUUAUUUAGACUUAUGGACACGAAAUCUUCAUCUAGAAAAAACAACAUAUUCAGCUGCUGAUGAACUUAAUGAUGGUACAAGUAGUAAUGUAAGUGGAAUUGGACAAAAUCGUCGACGAGUUGGAAUGUGGGUAACUGAUGCUAUUUAUAUGCCUGAUACACAUAAAUUGGUACUCGCAUCCACUAGUUCAGAUUUACCAUUUUUUGACUAUUUCAAGUGA